AUGUUACAUGAUGCUGUGUCUCUUAACUCUACCUACCCACCCAAGGUUAUCUUAAACCGGCAUGGUACAUUUGAGGAGUACAUACCUCAAACCAGCUCUCCGACUGGCACAAGAUACGCAUUACUUGCGAGCCUGGACGUAAAUCAUUUGGAACAUCACUGUAGCUAUCCGUCGCCGUGUCCAAACGGUUGCAAGCGUGGUAAAUGCGUUGGAUCCAGCCCCAUGGGACCAAUCAUUUUUAACAAAAUACUCAAUCCUGUCUUCACAGACCCAAUAUGUACAACCUCCACGUUAUCCUUGCACCCACCUCUUCUUCUCAAAGCAAGGGAGAGGUUAUGGCCAAACCCCUGUACACAGAGCCCAUCUCUUUGUGCGGCGAGCGUUACAUGGUUUGCGCAACGUCAAUCAAUUGACGAAGCAAGAGAGCUCGACAUAUGGUUGGACAGAGUCCAAAUAUGCCUGCGGAAUGACAUUAGUCUGAGGACAUCGCCAAGCUUAGGGUUGAGAUCAAGCUGUUCCAGUGAGGGCCAGCUCGGCGAUGCCUUGAUGGUGACUCUUGAACACGAGAUUCUGUCAACUUGA